UUAAUUAGGUUAUUACUAUUUUUUUUUUUUUUUAAAUCUGAUCUUAGAAGCACUUUAAGCUGUUUUAUGUGUGAGCCUACAAUAAUGUAGGCUACAAUUAUUUUUUUGUAUUUUUAAGUUUUAAUUUUGUUUUUCACACUUUCAUUAGUUUUUUCUUUACUUUAAAUGAAAAUGAUAAAUGUUGCUUUGGCAACUAGCUGAAAUAACUUCUUUAAACAUUCUGCUAUAGACCGAGACAAAACAUUUAUAAUAAACUUGUAUGCACUUCAGAUGCUAAAUUCAGUGCGUGCAUAAUGUGCAUUCAGUUUACACAGCCUUAUUUUGUCAUGCUGCAUGGCUACUUCAAAUACUUCGUUUUCCAUGUCCUUUCUGAAAUCAAAUCAUUUACAAGUGCCAGAUGUGAAUCAUGCUCAUUUAUUAUUAUCUUCUGAAUGUUCCUUCACAGCCAGCUCAUGAUGACAUGAAGAAAUGAAUUAAAUGACUUGGAAAGUUACAACAUGUUCACAGACUGGUGAAGACCAUACUGCGCUGUGUUUGUAGGUCGGUUAUGUAGUAACCGUUACGACAACAUUAGCUCUCAAACAGUGGAAAUGCAGGCUGAUUCUGAGAGAAAGAAGAGCAACAGGAUAUUUCGCUUUCUUUCCUCUAGACUUUCCUGUUUCUCUUUACCUCCAGCUUCUGUAUUUCAGUUCUUUCCACCCUGCUCAAGAUGUCUAACAUCAGUGGCAGUCCUCCUCCAUCUGUUUGCAUAUGUACUGAAGUGAAUGCAUUAUGAUGUUCUCUUUUUCUAAGCAGGACAGAAAGUUCUUCAAGGGCUUCUUUGCAAAAGCGGGUAAGAAGGCUGUGCGAGCGGUGCUCUGGGUGUCUGCGGAUGGCCUGAGGGUCGUAGAUGACAAGACAAAGGAUCUCAUUCUGGACCAGACGAUAGAGAAGGUUUCCUUCUGUGCGCCGGAUCGUAACUUCGAGCACGCCUUCUCCUACAUCUGCAGAGAUGGGACCACGCGCCGCUGGAUCUGCCACUGCUUCAUGGCCAUCAAGGACUCGGGCGAGCGUCUGAGCCAUGCGGUGGGCUGUGCGUUUGCAGCCUGUCUGGAGCGCAAACAGAAGAGGGAGAAGGAGUGCGGGGUCACGGCCACUUUCGAUGCCAACCGCACCACUUUCACACGGGAGGGAUCCUUCCGCGUCACCACAGCCACGGAGCAGGCCGAGCGAGAGGAGGUCAUGAGACAGCUGCAGGAUGCCAAGAAAGCAGACUCUGAGGGUGUGUUGGGCAGCUCCUCUGUCAGCGUGUCUAACCCUGUGGUCACCCUCGCUGGACCCAAUGGCUCUUCAUCCUCCCCUCCUCUGCCCAUGGCCACACUGGCCCCUCAGGAAGCCAAUCCUCACGCCAUCCCGCGACGCCACGCACCCGUGGAGGCUCUCGCACGCCAGGGCUCGUUCAGGGGCUUCCCUGCGCUCAGUCAGAAGACCUCUCCCUUCAAGCGGCAGAUGUCGCUGCGCAUGAACGAGCUGCCCUCCACCAUGCAGCGCAAGUCAGACUUCCCCAUCAAAAACACUGUGCCGGAGAUGGAGGGUGAGUGCGACAGCAUCAGCUCUCUGUGCACUCAGAUCACAUCCACCUUCAGUGGGCCUCCAGAGGACCCGUUCUCCUCAGCGCCGAUGCCCAGACCCACCUCCUCACCGCAGUCACCCUCUGCUCCAGUUAACGGUGCAGUUCCUGCAUUCCCGCCGCCUUGUGUCACUGUAACUGCUGCAGCUAACUCACCCGUGCUGCCGCCCCCGCUGCCUGUCCGAGAGACUAACCCCUGGGCCAAGACCCCAAACACAGCCCCCACCACAGCACACAUAGGGAGCGAGUGGCCAAAUUCUGCACCCGCAGCGGGAGCCCUACCCACUGUCAAUGCAAAUCUUUCUACACCUGCCUCCUCUCACAAACGUACGCCAUCGGAAGCCGACCGCUGGUUGGAGGAGGUGUCCAAGUCUGUGCGAGCCCACCAACCCGCUGCCAUCACGAGAACCAACACGCCUCCCGCUCAGCAGCCCUUCCCUGCCCCCGGCCCCGCCCCUAUGGCUCCCGGCCCUUCUGCACCCUUCAUGCCAGGCAUCCCUCCAUCUGCGGUCCCUACCGUACCUCCACGACAGCCGGCAUUCCACGCUCAGGCGCCGGCGUCCUUCCCAGUGUCCAAUGGAAUCCCGUUUGUGCAACCAGCCUUUCCGGUGGUUGGCAUUACACCUUCGCAGAUGGUGGCCAACGUGUUCGGUUCUGCCACGCAAACUCAGCCCAUCCCGGUACCUGUUCAAGUGCCCCAGGCGCAGCUCCAAUCUUCUCCCUUCUCCACACCACCAACAGGCCAGUUUGACACCCAGGUGGUGUGCAGCCCCUUCGGCAAACCGCUCCUACCUCCGGUGACAAACGCCACAGCACUGCAGCCACCGAAAGUCAAUGCCACAUUUAAUGGGGCUAAUAGCUGGGCGGCAGUGUCGUCACCCGCGCAGUCUGUGGCAACGCAUCAACAGGCCGAUGCCUUCGAGGCCCAGUGGGCCGCACUGGAGAGCCGCUCGCAGCAACGCACCGCUCCAUCACCCACAAACCCCUUCUCCACCGAGCUCCACAAGACGUUUGAGAUCCAACUCUAAGGACACACUGUGCACACAAAGCGACUCUGAAGGACAAUGCGAUGGACAUUCAUGGAGAGACCUCGACCCCGCAAACCACUUCAGCUGCAUAUCUCCGUCUUUCGAUUUCUUUGUCUGUUUGUCUGUGUCUGGUUUUUGCUUGUAACAUGAACAAAUGGAGACAAGGGGGUUAAUGAAGAUGCCCCCCAGAAACAAAGCGAGUACAACUUCUGGCAUUUAUGGCGCAUUUAUGUCCAAGAUGAAUUAGAGUGACAAGAUGAUGCUAAAAGAAAUCUUUAGAUGCUCUAACGUUGACCCCGUAUUGUUCAGUACUCCCUCUACCCCGACUAACCCUUCUCACAGCGCCCCCUAGCAGGCUGGAUGACUGCUCCCUACCUGAAGGACGAGGCACUUCACAGACCUUCCGGGUUCACGAGGUUCUUGUAGAACUUCGCAAUCAGAAGAGGAUGAAGCAAGAGAAUGCCAAAAUCUUUAUUUUUAUGCAUUAAGUAUAUUUUAAAUAGCUUUGAAAUUUAACUGAAGAGCUGUAAAUAAUCUUUCCAAAGGUGCAGGCUUAUUUUGUGUGCAUACAGGAACAGAGCAUAUAUAUAUAUAUACAUAUAUAUGCGUGAAGGGACUGUUUUCAUUUCUCAUCUCUAUACAAUUUUAGUCUUCUGGCCAUCAUGCAUAGUUUGGAUGUUCAUCUUUUGUAAAUAGAUAAUCCCUACGGACCCAGACUGGGUUCGAGGAUCUUUAAAUCACACAGGUCCCAGACAAUGUUAUCUGUCUUUCGUGCUGUCAUUUUAACCUUAUUUUUUGUACUAUAGUACGAGUACUUUGAUUUCUAUUGCCUACAUAUCAUGAUAAUUUUUUAGCAAAUUUUUUUAUGAAUGUUAACACUAUUGACAGUGUCAACUGUCAAUCCACUUUUAUUUUAUUUCGAUAAGAAGAUACUCAUUUUAGCACAAGCACUGUACUAAUCGAUCAUUUGGCCACUUACGGUUGAUGUGACAUUGUGGCGUUAGUGAGCUAUGAUGUUCACUGUCUUGAAAUUACCUGUGUUUUCAACUCAACUCAGAUGAUUGCAGUGAAUGUUUUUUCCCUGCUUUUCAUGCAAUCCCAUCAACCCUUUUGUUUUAUCAGACGUAAAGAUGAUUGGUCCUGUUUUUAGGUUUUGAUUCCAUUUUGUAAGUAUUGCAUUGUAUUAUUCCAAUUCUUUACGGAAAGUUUAAUCUAAAAGAUUGAAUAAAACGUUGGUGGUAGAGGAAAGCGGUUCUGUGUGCUUCUGUUCCACAUACAGGAUUCAUGAUUUUCUGUGUGCUCUUGUAUCUAACGUCUGUGAUUGUUUUGCAACUGAGGAUACUAAAUAAACAUUGUCGUAAGAUGUUUGGCCCAUGAACUGCAAGCUCUUGUGUGCUCAAGGAUCUCAAAUGAGCUCGGAGGCGGCAAAUGAGAUGCUGCAGCCUUCUGAAACUAUCCACAGGUGUCACCGUUGAACAACAUCACCUUGAAAAAUGUUUAUGAAUUAUUCUAUUGUAUGAUUUAAUGUAUUUCACCUGUACUUGCACAGGGACGGCAGCAUCAUUUGGGACAGGGACUGUUACAAUAUCAAUAUACCUGCAUAUGAAAUGGGUAAAGGGAGGACUUAAUGAAUUAAUUAUCUAUAAUUGGUCAAGUAUGAUGAGUUGGAAUAAUAAUUAUUCUGUUUUCUGUUGUGUAUUUUCAGUUUAAUGACUAUUAAAUUUUUUCCAGUGUCAUUA